CGCUUCAGUGGUGGAGUAAAAAGUACUUUUUCUGACAAAAAAAAAAAGUUAGAUCAAUCGCUUUUGGAUGAAUUAGAGGAAUUGGUCAUUAGUAAGGAUAUUGGUCAUAAAACUUGCAAGUUGAUUAUUGAUAGGUUUGCAAGAUCAAAUUUGAUAAAGAAGUUGAGCAUAAUAUUAUUAUCACACAGCAGCUAAUGAACGAAGUAGAAACGAUAAAUUUUAGACAAAAAACCACAUAUAAUAAUGGUGGUAUGUGUAGUGGUGAUGGUAAUGGUAAAGUCAAUCACAGCUAUUGCUAAUGCUUGCGUAUAGAUAUAAGAUUAAUCCGUGAUGCUCGUUACGUAUGACACGUCUAGGGCUGCUGCUAGUGACAGUUAAACAUGUGGACAGGACGUUCUGAUUGCUUUGUUGUUAUUUGAGAGUACGGUAAACGAUUCUGCAAGUGUGGCGUGUAGAGCAGUAAGUUAAGCUAAAAAGAUAGCAUAGAUGUUGUUCUGAUUGACUGAUAGAGCAGGCAGGCUGCAGAGUAAUGUUAAUGUUAUGGAGGACUUAUCAAAGAUAUAUAGAACGAUAAAGAACUUGGAUGGCACUGCUCCUCAUAAUUUAUUUUGGUUCUCGAUGCGAUUACCGCUCAAAAUGUUUGUAGCUAAUUAGAGGCAUUUAGUAAAAUGGUUAGUUAGUUACAGGAUUAAUUAUUAUAACAAAGCUAGAUGGUACUGCUAAGGGAGGAGUGGUGAUUGGACUUGUAGAAAGUUAUAAAGUUACAUGCUGUAGAAAGGUGAGGACUUGAGGGAGUUCACUAGCAAAGAAUUUCCUAAAGUGCUAUUG